CUCCCCAGACUUCCUCUGCCUUCCUUUAUCUACAGCUUUCCUUUCACUUUCAGAAGGACUGGAAGGCGGACUGUCUUAGGCAGGGGCCAGAGAUGCUGCCACUGCUCCUACUGCUGCCCCUGCUAUGGAGAGGGUCCCUGACACAGAGUUGGAGAACCAAGAUGAAACCACAGAUAUCUGUUACAGUGCAGGAGGGUCUGUGUGUCUUUGUGCCCUGUAAAUUUCUCUACUCUAGGGGUUCCUUUGGAUACCUCCCUAUGUCUUGGUUCCAGUCAGGGGCGAAUAUACACCGUGAUCUUCCAGUGGCCACAAACCAACCAGGACAGAAGGUGCAGGAAAGGACCCAGGGCCGGUUCCUCCUCCUCAGGGAUUCCGGGGUCAACAACUGCUCCCUGAGCAUCAGAGAUGCCAACAUGGCGGACAAUGGGAUGUACUUCCUUCGAGUGGAAAGUUUCUUUCAGAGAUAUGAAGAUAAAACAUUCUUACUGAAGGUGACAGCCCUGACUCAGUUACCAAGCAUCCAGAUCCCAGGAAUUCUGGAGUCUGGCUGCCCCAGGAAUCUGACUUGCAGUGUACCCUGGGCCUGUGAGCAGGGGACGCCCCCCAUCUUCUCCUGGAACUCAGCCGCCCUAACUUCCUUGGGCCCCAAGACCCACCUCUCCUCAGUACUCACCCUCUCCCCAAGACCCCAGGACCAUGGAGCCAGCCUAACCUGUCAGGUGACCCUCCCUGCAGUUGGUGUGACUGUGAAGAGGACCAUCCACCUCAAUGUCUCCUAUGCUCCACAGAACAUGGUCAUCACAGUCUUCCAAGGAAACAGCACAGCCCUCAAAAUCCUUGGAAAUGCCUCAUCUCUUCCCAUCCUGGAGGGCCAGUCCCUGCAUCUGGUCUGUGUUGCUGACAGCAAUCCCCCUGCAGAGCUGAGAUGGUUCCGAGAGUCCCCAACCCUGAACACCUCCCUCAUCUCCAACACUGGAUACAUGGAGCUGCCUCAAGCAGGGACUGGAGAAGAAGGAGUGUUCACCUGCCAAGCUCAAAACCAGCUGGGCUCCCAGCAUGUUCUUCUGAAUGUCUCUGUUCACUGGAAACCAGAACCCAGGUCAUGUUCAGAAGCCCUGGGAGCUGCUGGAGGAGCUGGUGGCAUGGCCUUGCUUUGUCUCUGUCUUUUCCUUAUCUUCAGAGUGAAGACUCAGAGGAAGAAAGCAGCUAAGACAGUGGAAGCCAUGAAUGAUAUGAACCUGGUCUUGGGUUCAGGAUCUUGGGGACACCAGCACCAGUUCCAGGUAGGCAUCCCUUCAGACCAGAGAGACCCUGCUGGGGCUGGCCCUGUCUCAAGAGAGAAACAAGAGCUCCACUAUGCGUUUCUGGACUUUAAGAAGCUGAGGCUGCAGGAACAGGAGGAUAUCGACACUGAAUAUGCAGAGAUAAAGAUACACAAAUGAGAAAGUGCUCAAAGCCACAGCCUUGAGUGGAAAGUACAUGGUCUCUCUCAGGUUUUGAUUCUUUAAAACUGAAUGGGCUUCUUGGUGAUGGAUUAUAUGAACGCUCUGGCAUGUGUGGAUUUCUGUCCAAGAGACCUGAGUUCAAAUCCAUCUAUGUCACUUAUUGAGCAAGUCACAAUGUAUCUCUGUGCCUCACUUUACUUCCCUGUAAAGCAGGAAAAUAAGCUUUAUAUAACCAGGUUAUUUGGAGUCCCUGGAUGGAGCAAAUGAUUAAGUGUUUGAUUACUAACCAAAAGAUAGGUGAUUCAAAUCCACCCAGAGGCACCUUGGAAGAAAGCUCUGGCAAUCCACUUCCAAAAGUUCACAGCCUUGAAAACCCUAUGGGGUGGAGUUCUAUUCUGCACACUUGGUAUCACCAUGAGUUGGGAUUGGCUUGAUGGCAACAGGUAACCAGAUUACCAUGAAAGAGUACAUAUGAAACAGCUCAUGAAAGUCCUGAUACAGAGCAUGUGGUCAGUGAAUGCUAGCUGUUUAUUCCCUGAAUGAAAAAUUUAUGCUGACAAUUUUUCCUAAGCCUUGGAGGGGUAAAUCCCAGAGACCAUAGCACGAGCUGUCUGUGUCACUUCCAUCUCAAAACUCUUCCAUGACUCACCCAAAUUAAGUUCCUGUCCUUCAACUUUCUAUUCAAGACUACAUUAUCUUGUCCAUGCAGACCUUUCCAACCUCAUUUCUCACCAGUCACCUAUAUUUCAUGUUAAUUGCAGCAGUUUCCUUUUAGAUCUCCUAGCUUCUGUUCUUUCAGAAAAACUGAAGAGCACCAAUGAAAAACAAUGACUAAGGGAAAUUCUUAAGAUUAGCUGGGGGGAGGGGCAGAUUAUGUUGAAAAGACCACAGUUAGAUGGACAGCUAAUUUAUGAGUAGCAAUAUUGAAAGUCUGAAUACAAUAGAAAGUUAUCCUUAAUGUCCUGAGAGAAAUAAAUGUUAGUUUACAUAAUACUCAAUGCAAAUGUUUUAAGACUCAAGGUGAAAUAAAGAUAUUUAAAAAAAUAUAUAAAAACUA